GUUCGUCUUCUCCGAUCUAGCUCACCGUCGUCCACCGUAUGAUGGACUCCGUUCACGAUUCCUUUUCGCCGGGAUCUUCUCGUCCUUCGCCGUCGACGCUUUCUCGUGAAGAUUGCUGGAGCGAGGAAGCGACCUUCACGCUCAUCCAAGCCUGGGGUAAUCGCUUCGUCGAGCUUAGCCGUGGUAAUCUCCGUCAGAAACACUGGCAAGAGGUCGCUAACGCCGUUAACGACCGCCACUUCAACUCCGGCCGAAACGUUUCCGCCGCCAAAUCGCAGCCGUAUCGCACCGACGUUCAGUGUAAAAACCGGAUCGAUACUUUGAAGAAGAAGUACAAAGUCGAGAAGGCUAGGGUUUCGGAUUCUAAUCCCGGCGGCUCCUACGUCAGCCCUUGGCCUUUCUUCUCCGCUCUCGAUGACCUUCUCCGGGAAAGCUUCCCGACGUCUAGUACUCCUGAUUCAACUGAUAACAACCCCAACCUGAGGCUGUCACUUCCGAUGGCGAUUAUUCCGGUUCCGGUCGCUCCACGAUCGGCGAUCCCAAGACGUCCGUUCACGGAUUAA